AUAACAAUCUGGGUGCCAGCCAUCUGAGUGAUUUCUUGUGACCAGUAGCAAUAAUUCAACCUAUUAGAAAGACUGUUUCAUGUUAAGCUACUGGAGAAUUGCAGAAAGGGAUCAAUCAGGAAGGAUCAGUUUCAAGGAUAUGAAUUCAGAUUCAACACAAUCAGAACACCUAUAAAUAAGUCUGCUUCCAAUUGCUAACAUUUCAGCAGUGCUCUGUCCUCCUCUGACUGGACUUGAGUUCUUCUAAGCCAUUGUCUGCAAAAGAUCUCUGCAAGAGAUCCCAUAUGAUCUGCUUAUCUAUUUUGCUGAAGUCAACUGCUUGGGCUGCCAACUUCAAUGAUUGCUGGACUUGCUACCACAUGCUGUGAAUUUGAUGGGAACCAUUUUCAUCUGACUCCCCUCCCAAGUUCCCUACAUUGGAUGGUACUUACUAUUUAUUAUUUCUGGAGCUAUUUUGAUCAAUUUCUAGUCCAUCUCAUAUCACCUCUUCUAGGAGUCAACAUUUCAGCCCACUGCGUGGACUAUCAGCUUUUUAUCCUAAAUUAAGGACAUACUGAUUCCUUAUUCAUCCUUUCUCCAGUACUUCCUCAGAUUUAUCUGAGUGGAGAUGAGUAUUACCUUGCAUACUACAUCAGGAUGUUUCUUUGUGAGAGAUAAAAAAGAGAGACUGUCACGUCAAAGCCCAGACUUCUUUUUUCCACUGAAGCUCAGAACUACAGAUUUACACUCUCAGCUGAUGGUUGAUGGUUUUCAUUAAACAAAAUGGAACGUAACUUGAAGAAUGUUCUUGUCAUAGCUAUUGGCUUUUUAUUUCUAUUUACAGCUUAUGGAGCUCUUCAGAAUCUACAGAGCAGCCUUAAUAGGGCAGAAGGACUAGGGGUGGCUACACUUAGUGUUAUCUAUGCAUCCGUGAUUGUGUCUUCCAUGUUCCUUCCUCCAAUUCUCAUUAAGAAAUUUGGCUGCAAGUGGACCAUCACAGCCUCCAUGUGCUGCUAUAUCACUUUCUCUCUGGGAAACUUCUAUGCCAGCUGGUUCACCUUGAUCCCCACUGCCAUAAUCCUAGGUCUAGGAGGAGCCCCACUGUGGUCUUCAGAGUCUACUUACCUUACAUUGAGUGGAAAUAUCUAUGCAAAGAAAACAGGAAAACGUGGGAAAGAUAUUGUCAAUCAGUAUUUUGGCAUCUUCUAUCUCAUAUUUCAGUCCUCUGGUGUAUGGGGGAAUUUGAUUUCAUCUCUGGUGUUUCGACAGGAAUCUGUCAAAGGAGAAAUCACAAAAGAACAAUUGACGUAUUGUGGAGCAAAUGAUUGUUUUUCAGCCAACAUAACUACAAACAGCACUAAGCGUCCAGCAGAUGAGUUAAUCUAUACUCUGCUGAGCAUCUAUACUGGGAGUGGUAUUUUGGCAGUAUUGCUGGUAGCUAUAUUUCUUGAUCCAAUUCCAAAUGAUUCAGAAGAAAAUGAAGAAGAAAGAAACACAUCUAUUGCAAGUGGUUUUCUGUCAACUUUCCGGCAUCUUAGAGAUAAGAGGCAAUGUCUCCUCAUUCCUCUGACAAUGUAUAGUGGAUUUCAGCAAGCAUUCCUUGCUGGUGACUAUACAAAGUCAUAUGUCACUUGUGCCCUGGGGAUUCGCUAUGUUGGCUUCGUGAUGAUUUGCUCUUCAGCCACCAAUUCCAUUAGCUCUUUGAUAUUUGGAAAAAUCUCCCAAUACACUGGCAGAAUAGCUUUGUAUGCACUAGGUACAGUAACACACCUCACCUGCAUAAUUUCCCUUUUGGUGUGGAGACCUCAUCCCUCUCAGCAGAUUCUCUUCUUCUUAUUUGCUGCCCUCUGGGGACUAGGAGAUGCUGUUUUUCAGACACAAAACAAUGCACUCUAUGGAGUUCUAUUUGUGAAAAACAAGGAGGCUGCUUUUGCCAAUUACCGCCUUUGGGAGUCCCUUGGAUUUGUCAUUGCUUUUGGAUACAGCACAUAUUUGUGUGUCAACAUCAAGUUAUAUAUUCUGCUCGGAGCACUGAUUUUUUCAGUGGCAUUCUAUGGGAGUGUUGAGUACCUGCAAUAUAGGGAUUUGCCUGAGACAAUUUCUGAUAAAAUGGAGAACCAAAUAGAAGAAACAGUUAUACAAACAAAGAUGUAAAAAUGACAAAAGUGCUUGAGGAGAAACUAUAAGACCACCUCAUAAUGGUUUUCUCUGUAGAAGCACCGAAGUAUUAAAUUGUUUUAUCAGAACAAUUUCAACAUUGGUCACGAUACUUCAAUGUAUGUGUGAUCCCAUGAAUGUGAAUAUUCUCUCCUUCCAUUGGUCCAGAUCCAUCCACUUCUUUUCUUCCUAUGUAAUUCUUGUCCAUACUCUCUGUCCAUAUAUAGCUCUUCCACUGGGAAUCUGUGCAAUCUUCUGGAAUAUCCAUCCAGAUCUUUUUAUGUUGGGGGAAGUGAGGGUAUAGUAUUUGGGGUAUUCACUAAUAUCCCUUCCUUUUGCUAUUUGACUGGUUCCCUUCUUAUUAUAUAAUUCUUCAAUUGUAUUUCAUAUUCCACCUCUUACAUUGCUGGAAUCAUGCUUCACCCCACUUUGGCCAGUCCCUAUCAAUUUUGAUUUCCUAUAGAUUGUAAUGUUAAGAGAUUAAAAAUUACACAGUUUUUCAGAAAGAAGUUUUAUAUAAAAGAAUUGAGUCUUGAUGCCAGGGAAUAGCUCAACCUCAUUGAAAGUGUUGCACAAACUUCCAAAUGCAAUAUAAUACUUUCUCUUUCUGCUGUUCUAUUCUGGGUCCAACUUAUAUUUAACUGUAGUGCCAUAGUUGAAUAUACCUGAGGAUUAACUUAAUGGAAUAACCAUAUGAUUUCUUGUCACAGAUUAAACUAUAGCUUUUUUUAUCCUUUUGAUUUUUUUUUUUACUGAAUAGAUGUUAUAAGAAUUUUUUUUUCAUAAUCAUCUAUCUAAAUAAGGAGACUUUGUAUUACUAGGGGGCUUAAUAAAGUAGACCAAUAUCAUCUUCAGAUUGAAGUAUGCUCUGUGUGUGUGUGUGUGUGUGUGUGUGUAGCAAGUUUAAGGUUCCCUGGACUGGCCACAUUCUCCUUUGGGUCACCCAUCUCUCACUCUGACUUUGGCAUAUAUUCAAUUUUAUUCUCUUGAUCUUUAAAAAGGUCCAGGUGUCUUUUUUAAAAAAUAUUUUCUUGAUAAUCAAUAAAUUAUAUCAUCUUUUUUAUUA